CUCAGGUAGGUGUGGUGAGCUGAGUACUGUACUGCGGAUAUCCACAGACAGGGGUCGCUGUUCCAGUGUAUUAUGUGGGAGGGUGGUGUGUACAAGAAGUAACUGAAGAAAGCCUAGCCUCGACAUCCAUUACACACCCUGCCUGCCAGACUUCGUGGGUGAACUAUCAACUUUUGCAGUGUUCACUACAUCCAUCCUUCACCACCAUGCCAGUCAAGGGAGGGACGAAGUGUAUCAAAUACUUGCUGUUUAUCUUUAACUUCAUAUUCUGGGUGAGUGCUUGUUUCUUGUAUUCUGCAUUAUGUGGUUUCAAGCUUGCUGUAACCUGGAGAGAGAGAGCGGGCAGGGCUUGGGCAGGGUCAGGGAUCCCCCUGUAUGGAGCCUGGGAUUAGUCAAUGGAGGGAAGGAUCUGCAUGCAUGUCUGGCGUACAAAGGGUUAACGAGAAAUCCUAGCUUUAGAAUGAUACACAACGUUAUUUUUCGUUAUGUGUGUGUGCGCGCAGCCCACAAUAUAAAUGCACAUUGUAAUUCUGCAUUCCAUGUAUGGUGGAUACAAUGUUAACUCUUAUACUCCUAGACAUGAUGUCAGAAGCAGAUAAAUCUCCCACCUCGAGUGUUCUGGGUUUUUUUUCUGGUUGUUGUUGUCUUUACAUUGAAUAAAAUGUAAAACAGAGCAAAGAUUGUUGUGAAAAGGUUAAAAUGAAAAGAGAUCUUUGUGUACCCUGGGCACUGGCUCCCAGGCCACUUUGAACAAUUGUAAACAAGCCUCUCAAAGUAAGCACUCUGUAUAACCUGAUGCUCCUUAUUUUUACUUGUGUUUGUUAAAUCAACUCCCCUGCUGAUAUUUCUGGAUCCAGCGGAGCAAUUAGUCUUGCUUCCUGACACCACCUCUGGGAAGCUGCAUAGGGACUUCUUUGUAGUGUGUUUUUGUGUGUGGUUUAAAAAAAAAUAUAUAUAUAAUUUUGUGAUUUGUUUAAUUCUCCCCCCUCCCCAUCUUUAGUAUGUCUUAAACACUUGUUGCAGGUGUUUUCACGUGGAUAGGAGCUAGAAGUACUGUGGUGUCCUGUAUUGACAAAUAGUUCUAUACCUCUGUAUAUUUUGAACACAUGUAUACUUAAAACAUUUGAUUGCUUGGAUCUGAUACACCUUGCUAUUUAAUUUAUUGCUUGGAUCUAAUAUCCAGUGCAAUUUGUAAUCAUCCUGCGUUUAAUAACUGAGUGAAGGCCAGUGCCAGUUCCAGCAUGUACUACUGUAAAGUUCUACCAACAGUUGUUUAAUGCCUUUUUAUUAACAGUAGUUGAAUGGACCCGAGGAUGCCAUAGAGGAGUUUUAACUAAUGAGUUUACUACAUUUGAUAUGCCCAUGAUUAGAAAAAAGUGUUCUGGGCAUUCCCUAGCGGCCUAUGGCAAAGAGAGAGUGAGCCAAAGUUAGUAAAUUGCAGUGUAGUUUUAGUGUAGCACAUAGAUUUGGUAGGAAAAUCUUUACAUUUAUUUUAAAAAAAACAAAAAAAAAAACUUUUAAAAAUGUGAAUUGUAUUGUUGGUUUGUUUUUGUUUUCCACCUCUUGUGACUUCUUAUUUAUAUUUUUGAAAUAUAGAUGCUGUGUUUGUGUUUUUAGUGAGAGAAACUAUGCUAGAUGACUCUAUUUUUAGAUAAUUAAGGACUUGGCAAUAGGAUGCCAUGGGUAGAGCACUGCCUCUCCUACAUGUUCAUUGUUGAUAAGUGUUCCAGAGGAAAUAAAGGAUGAAUUGUACAGUGAAAUUGUUUAAUCUCUUUUUUUAGGUUUUUGGGCGAGGACUAUCAUUAGUUUUUUGUUUUUUGUUUUUUGUUUGUUUGUUUUUUUAGGCCAAUGCAAGAUGGCUUUUCGCCCAGCUUUGGUCAUUUUUGUUGUUGCUGUUUUAAUUUAUUUUAAAGAUCAAAUAAAUUCAAAAAGGUUUAAAAAUGUAAUUUUCUUAAAUAAAAUAAUUUGUUAAAUGAAGAAUGUGUAUAUUGUAUGCAACUUAGAUGACUCUUUUAUUUUUAGUAUUGAAAUUAUAACAUUUUUGUGUGGAAAUGAUUAGUUUUACUGUUUUUUUUAAAAGUGGGAGUGUGGUUACAUAAAGACAGAUUAUGCUCUUUUUAAAAAUCCAGGGUUGCCAUCUCACGUUCAUAUAACUAAAACAUCAUAGGUGUGCCAUAGUACAGGCUUCCCCAAUCUCAUAUGAUUGGACUCCCAAUGGCCCAUACAACAACACAAGAAAGUGCAAGUGCUUCAGUGUGUCAGUGUGCCAAAGCCAAUAUAAAAUGUAAAUACCCUAAUAUGGUUUCUUUCCACUGGUAACUGAAUGAAAUAAACUUCCUAUGACGUAGUACAGUAACAAAUAAGUAAACAGUGCUCUUGGUAGAUAUUUAAAGGGACACUCCAGGCACCCAGAUCACUUCUGCCCAUUGGAGUGGUCUGGGUGCCAUCUCCCACUACUCGUAACCCUGCAAGUGUAAUUAUUGCAGUUUUUUAUAAACUGCAAUAAUUACCUUGCAGGGUUAACUCCACCUCUAGUGGCUGUCUACUAGACAGCCACUAGAGGGCACUUCCUGCAUCAUAGAGCGUCGCUGGACGCCCUUACGCUGUGUGAGGACCUCCAGCGUCUCUCAUUUCCCCAUAGGAAAGCAUUUUUAAUGCUUUCCUAUGGGGAGCUCUAAUGCGCUGACGCGCAUGCGCAUUAGGUCUCCCCGGCCGGUGGGCGGGAUCAGUCUCGUCCACCGGCCGACGUAAUAAAGAGGAGGAGCGGCGGAGGAAGAAGCAGCGACGUGAGACAUGUCGCUGCCUCUGGUAAGUAACUGAAAGGGUUUUCACCCCUUCAGCAACCGGGGAUUGGUGGGAGGUAGAGGGGACCUGCAGUGCCAGGAAAACUGAUUGUUUUCCUGGCACUGGAGUUUCCCUUUAAUAGAGCCUGUGUAAUACUGGCUCAGGUAUAACGGCUCUGGAGUGGUAAUGGUGUAUUCACAUGAGGCUCUUAAAGAGGGUUAGUAUUUUGGUUUUGCUGGUUAUGUGAUCUUGUAUCAUCCAAAUCUGAAUGAGAGAGAGUUCUACUCAUUUCUCUGCAUAUGAAAUUAGUUUUGUCUGUAUCCCUUCUGGGAUUCAAAAAAAAUGACUAUUUUGUCUGUUUGUUUUUGAUUAAACCUUUAGUUUUUGGUUGUUUUUUUUUUUUUCAGUUUCUUUGUUUACCCAUUUUGAAGUCAUCUUGAUCCCCUUUAAAUUUGGAAGAUUUAGUAUUGGCAAUUUUUUUUUUCAUUCUUUUUUUUCUUCUUUUUUUAAAUUAAAUUUUGAAGUUUAUUCCCACCGUGCCUGUUUCUUUUUCUAAUGGGUGUUCUAGUUUUGUGAAUUGGCUUAGGGAGUGCUGGAUUCUGACAUCAUGAAACUGCCACACCUUGUCUGCCUGUGGUCUUUCUUAAAGUCGAAACACAUUCUUUGUAAUUUUUUCAAAUCUGGUGUGUGUGUGUGUGUGUGUGUGUGUGUGUGUAUGUAUAUAUGUAUAUGUGUGUGUGUAUAUAUAUAUAUAUAUAUAUAUAUAUAUAUAUACUGCUCUAUGUCUGUUAUAUUUUGUUUGUCAAUCUACUAAAUCUUUGGUUGACAGCUCCUGUCUUUUCAAGGAUGCAAAAUACAAAUUAGGGAACAGCACGCAGUCACAAAAAAUAGUUUUAAAUUUUACAAGGUUACUUAAAACCACCUAUCUUAGCAAAAUAAAAUAUUCAGUUACACCAUAUGGCCAUAUUGUGUUAAGCCCACCACUAUGUCACAGUAUCGUGAUUAUCGGUGAGUCCUACACUAAUUUUAACAUUAUAACUGCAAUACUUGCUACUUAAAACGCAUGCAGAGACUCCUCACAUAUCUGCUUUCUCCACCAAAGGGGCACCUAUAGUGGAAGGGUGAAGCCAAUAGGAUUUAGGUCUGGAUAUACAGAAAAAAAGGGACACAGCCGGAACAUGUAUGUCCAAGAAGUGGUUCUGCCAUAAAGUCCAAAAUGCAGAUUAACCCCUUAAGGACUGCGGGCGUGCUUUGCCGUCCUUGGGGACCCGGCUCUAAACGCUGGCGGGCAGCAUAGCACGUCCACGCCGUCCUAUACACUUACCUGCUCGCCAGCGACUGCGAUGAGGGGACUUACCUGGCCUCCCAGGGUGUCCCUCUGCUGCCGAUCCGGCCUCCUGGGCCAUGUGAUCGCGAGGUCCUUGUGAGGACCUCACAGUCACAUGGACAGAAUAGCUGUCCAUAGCAGUGCCAGCAGGGGGAGUGCCUGGAAUGACAUGUAGUCCCCCUGCUGCCUGUAAAAAGUUAAAGGUUAGAAUAAAAUUAAUAUCUACUUGGAAUAUAUAUGUGUGUGUUUGGGGCAAUCUCAGUUAUGAUAUGAAUGGAGAUAAGUCAACAACCCCUAAUAGGAAAAGUCGGCUGAGGUGUGCUGAUACCGACGUAGGUGGUAGGCCUGUAAAUAAAGUGGACAAAAAGGAAUACCAAUCUUGCUCAAAUACAUUUAUUGCGUAAAAACAUGUUAUAACACAUACACAUUUUACGAGGACAUCUUAACGAAUGCCUUCUGUAUUUCCUGUACUGGUUGGGGUAUAUAUACUGUAUAAGCUGAUGACUUACAGUGACCUAAAGUCUUAAUAACAUGAACUGGAAUGUCCUGGCUUGAUGCUGUAGAUGCAGCCCCUAUCCUAAACGAGUGUCCCGAAUACUUGUUAGCGUUCAAGCCGAGUCUUGUCAAUAACAAGGGUACAUAUACCAUAAACUUAGAAGUGGUGAGGAUAGCCCUGUGAAGUGACAGAAGAGGGAGUGAAGCUAGAUUGCCGUGAGGAGGUAGGCAUUGAGAACCUUCACUGGGCACCAUGAAUUGUCUGUGGGGUAGUAUGGAAUGUGAACGAGUUGACCCAUUUGACUUGUUUUAGUCGUAGGUAGGCUUAGUAUGUAAUGGUCUUGCUGUUUGCUUAGGUAUGAGGUGUGAAGGCAACCUUGACCGUUUUGUUGGCCCCUAAUAGUAAUUUAUUGUGGCCUCAGAAAGCCAUAGAAGGCCAAGUAUAUGGCUGUUUUUAUGACAGUUAGUGCGGGGUUCGAAUGGUGUUGUAUCCAGUAAGUCCAACAUAUUUUUGAACAAUUGUUUGUUAUUGGUAGCCUAUGUUGUGGGGUAGGCAUUGGAUAUGAUGUUAAGCAUAGUCUUGAUGGGUUAUGCUGUGAGAAAGCUUGCAUUGUUGGGAAAAGCGGAGAACAUAUGGUGUUGGAUGUAUGUCAGGUAUAAUUUUAUGGUGUUGUGUGAUAACUUUAUCUUGGAGUGGCGAAAGCCACCAAUGUUGUUAUGUCAAACAAGUUGGCCAGGUGAUGUUCUGACAUAAACCUGUGAUACAAGAAAAACGCCCUGUCAUAUGCGCUAUGCGUGUUAGUGGAUAGGGCCAGUUGUAUCAGAACCUUGCUAUGGCACGGUAAUUCGUCUAAUCCAUGAUAAGAUCUUGGAACAGGGAGCCGGUCGUGGCCAAUCGUGAAGCGGUAAGUAGGGACAUUCUGAAAGCCUGAAAUUGGAAACAAGACAACUGAUCAGCUGCUGUGUUCAAAAUGCCUGGGACAUGGUAGCAUACUAAGUAAAACUGAUGACCGGCUGCUAGCCACAUCCGUUUCCUAAAACCCUCAUCAUUAAUGAGGAUGAGCGGCCUUUGUUAAUGAUGUGGCAGAUUGCCAAGUUGUCUGAAAAGCACUGUACUGGUUUCCCUGACCAUAAAUGGCCCCAUGACAUUGCUGCUACAAUUGGAUAUACCUCAAAAAGGGCUGAGUUCUUGUAGAACCCCUAUGUCCUGCACUUCCUCUGGCCAACUACCCCAAAGCCAUUCACUGUCAAAUAUGGCAGCAAAAUCAGUGGAAGCUGCUGAGUCAGUCCGAAUGGUAGGGGAGUUUAUGGACACGUGUGGGAGAAACAUGUUCCACAUGCCGGAGUUGUGAGAUGUGUUGUCAGGGAUAUGUAUAGGUUGGAGAUUUGCCCCUUACAUGAGGGUGAGUCCAUGCUUUGCCGUUCAAAUGUCGUGGGUGGUGCUGUGCCUGCUUGUUUGACUGCUGGGUUGUGUGCUAGGUUUCACAAUUGGAGAAAGCUGAAAGUCAGUGAUUUGUAGUCCACCCUCUGUCUGGUAGGUCUGCGUAUUCUAGGGGUUGUGAGUCUCUAUAGAGAUGCAUGAGUCUGUAUACAUUAUUAUUAUAUUUUAAAAAAAUAAAUAAAAAAAAUUUCAUAGUUGUGGAAGUGUUGCGCUGUUUGGCUGGGUGGGAACAAUUUGUUGCACAGUAAUGGUGUUAGUGGUGAGAGGAAUGAGGUGUACUUGUAUUUGAUUUUUAAGUCUGUCCCAUAAAUCUAGAGAAUGGGUUAUCGCUGGUGAGGAGGGUGGGGGUAGAGCCAGCAGGGCUCUGGGGAUCCACAUAUAUUGGGAGGGAUGUUCCCAUCCCAGAAGGUAUGUUCAAGAUCCACCCAGCGUUUCCUCCCUGGCGCUGUAUGCCAUUGCUGUAUCUGGGCUUGUUGGGCUGCAUGGUAAUGCAUUUUAGGCACCUAUAUUGUGGCCCUCCGCACCCGCGGACUCUCGCCUCUCCAUACAAAGCUGUCUAUUGCCAAUUGUAGCUUUUUAAAGUCAUGGAGUUUGAGCAGAAUAUGGGGAGUGUCUGCAACAGAUAGAGGAAUCUUGGUAAUAGGUUCAUCUUGAUGGUUGUGACUCUCCCUAGCCAUGAUCUGCCUAUCUAGUUCCAGCAUAGUAAGUCCUUGUGGGCCGUCUGGAGUAGUGUUGUGUAAUUAAGUGUGUAGAGGUCAGGUGGUAUAAUAUGCCUAGGUAGGUGAGCAAAGUCGGUACAUUGCGGAAGGGAAACAUUUGCUGCAUGUCGCGCUGUUGUUGGGUAUCAGAUGCUGUAGGUAGUAUUUCUGAUUUUUCAGAAGUUGAUUUUGUAGCCAGAGAGGUUCGCAUAGUCAUCUAUAAGGGUUCGUAUCUGUGGUACAGAAGUGGUAAGGUUCGUGAGUGUGAGGAGUAUGUCAUCGGCAUAGGCUGCCACUUUGUAUUCUGUUCCCCUAACUCUUAUGCUGUCGAUGCGAUGAUUGAGGCAAAUUGCCUCUAAGAGGGGUUUGAGGGAUAAGACAAAACCAAAGGGCGAUAAAGGGCACCCUUGGUGCGUACCAUUGGAAACUUGAAAAGUGGGGAUUUUGUAGCCAACCAGUUGGUGUAGCAUAUAGUGCACGUAACAUGGUCAGAAAGUCAGGUGGGGAAUUUGAGGUGUUGUAGAAAUUGAAAUAAGAAUGGCCACUACAAACAGUCAAAUGCCUUCUCGGUGUCCAGUGAAAUCAGUGCUGUUGGUAGUCUGUGGUGUUGGGCAUACCAGAUGGUGCCUAUUGUCCGUCUGGGGUUGUCUGCCGCUUGUCUAUUUGGGAUAAACCCCACUUGGUCUGCGUGGAUUAGGCAUGCGUUCAGUCUAUUCGUGAUUGCUUUUGUAAGUAGUUUGAUAAGUUCAAAUGUGACGGACCCGCUGGCACUCCGACCAAGUACCUCCGCCAAUCGAUGCUCCUAGUGCUUGCCGAGGACUCCAAGCAUUCCAACCGACACCAUCAGCACUGCAGACUUAUUCCAUCCCCGCAAGCAUGAGCCAAGGCUUCAGGAAAGUGUCAAGCAGGUCUGUUUAAUGAGCACACAAAAGCAACAGCAUUCAUGCAGCAAAACAACUCCUCCUCAGAGGAAAACAAAAAUACAGUUAAAAGGGUCAGACAGAGUUUGAAAAUAUGACACUUAUUAAGGGUUUAAACUGGUGUUCUAAGAGGGGGGGAUAAAACAGUCAAACUAAGUCCAUAAAACAGGGGUUUUAUUCACACUCUGCAUCCGAAGUGCAUAGCAAAACUGCAGAUCCUUUGUCAGAGCAUUUAAAGGGCCAAAACCAGUCUAAUAAAAUCCACUAUGCCCAAAUAACGUAUUUAAAGGGCAAAAUCUUCCAGGGGCCAUAGUUGCAGGGCAGGAGGCUGGCAAUUAGUCCUCUCCAGGCACAAGUGGCGAAGGGCACUUCGUCACACAUCUUCCCAUUGGGGGGGAGACUAACCAGGUACCUGACCUUCUGUUGGUCAGUACCUGAGUAAGUCGAGUGGCCCACCCACAAUAAACAGUUAACAGAGUAUACACCAUUACUGCCCCUGGUGAUUUCUGGUGGCCAGCUCUGGCCUGUAUGUCCCAGGUUGCUGAGGGGAACUGGUGGACAGAGACCAGCGGCGCUCUGCCUUGAUGCCAGCGCUUCUGCUUGGUUGGCCGGUGGGUAUUCAGGCUCUGACCAAGAGGGCAAGGGAAGACAGAGGUCGACUGCACUCUGCCCGGAUGCCAGCUCUUCUGCUGGAAGGGGGUCAGUGGAGGCUAACAUCUUCUCCACUAAACCCAGUACCGGGUUAGGGGUUGGCUGUGGAAGGGAGGGGUCGCCUACCUCCUCCUCCUGGUACUCCUGCUGCUGCUGGGGAGAGAGACCGGUUGCCUCCUCUUCCUGGGGCUCCAACUGCAGUUGGGGAUCUGGGCCGGCUGCCCAGCAUCCCUGUAGGGCCGGUAGAGAGACCUCGGUCCCAUGUCCACCUGCUGUUUGGGGGGCUUCCAAGGACCAGUCCCCUACCUCUGGUUGCUGUUGGGGAGGGAGACCGGUUGUCUUUUCUCCCACUAACACAUUCAGCUGCUGGGGAGGGAGGCCGACUGUCUCCUCUCCCGAUAAGACAUACUGCAUCUGGGGAGCGAGACCUAAAGGGUAAAAUCUUCCAGGGGCCAUAGUCACAGGGCAGGAGGCUGGCAAUUAGUCCUCUCCAUGCACAAGUGGCGAAGGGCACUUUGUCACAGUUCAGUAGGGAUAUCGAGCGCUAGUGCCCUGGGUCAGGGUGGUCUUUACCUGGUUUAGGUAUGAGGCAGACGUCUGCUGUUAUCAUGUCGGGGGCAAUGGCUUUCCCGUAAGGAGUUACAUCUGUAUGUUUUAAUACUUUUCCUGCAUGAUUCUGGAAAGGCUGUCAAGUUGGCCAGGAUGGUGCCUACAUGAUCAGAGGGUAUGCUGCCUUUCUCUCAGAAAGUAUUACCUAACUUCUUACAGAAAAUAAACAUUACUUUAAAAUGUGCUCACUACUAAAGAGAGAACCACAAUGGAAUUUAAAGGCUACAAAAAGCAACCAGUUGAACUAGAUUAACAUUCAGGAAACAAGUGCUCCUGAUUUCUUAAACAUAUGUUCCUUAAAGGCUUACUCUAAGCACCUUGAUCAUUGUGCCUGGGGACUAUGUGCAGUGUUUCACUAUGAAAUGCUGCACAUACAGAGAAUAACCCCUCUGAUGCCGGAACUCUAACUUCACCUCGGGCAGUGUCAUUGGGGUGUGAGUAUUAAGUUCCAGGUGGGUUCAAGAACUCAAGACGAGUUCUGUGCAAAUUUGUCUGACACGACCACACACAACAUGCUGAACAUGAAAUUCUGCAUUUUAGUGCUUUUUGUAGGAGCAUUUAUUUAUUAAUUUAUUUAUUUAUUUAUUUAUUUAUUUUAUUUAUUUUUUUUUUUUUUUUGGAAGAGCAUAAGUAUUGCUUUCAGUUGGAUUUUGCAUAAUUUUGACAAAUUGCCACUUAAUGAAAAAGUGAUUACAUUAUCUGUGUCAUCACAAAUUGACUAUUUACUUGGAAAUUAUUUGUAUGAAAUGUUUUGCAGUAAAAAUAAAAUUAAAAUAACCACAAACUAGAAGGGUUCUGGCCCAUCCCUCCUGUUAUAACAGCUGAUUGUUGCUUUAUAUCAUCUAAUUCUGCAAACUGGCUCUUCAAGCUUGGAUUUUCUUCUAAACCAAAUAGCAGAGCUGGAAAAACAUUAUCUUUACGACUGUUUUGUUGACAAUGCACUCAAAUUCACUAUUUAGUGAAUAAACCCCAACAUGUUUGUAACAUUAUUGCCAUGGACGUGGCAAAACAUUAGCAAGGGUUCUGUUUCGAAUUUAAGCUCUACCACACCAGGAAAUUCCACUGUGCUGUCAAACAUUACAUAUGUAUUACUUUUGUUUUCCUUCAUGCAUUCCAAGGUAUUUCCCACUUUGGAAUGGUGGGUGGGGGUUUUCAGUCUGCCUUCCAGCAUUAAAAUCUUGCAGGGAGUGGCAGUAGCCAUAGAAACACCUCUAACAGAAUCUUCACUAUAGUUGCUAACGUUUGUACUGUGAUUUAAAAACAUGAUCAUGUUAAAUUUGGGGCCUCUUUAUAUAUUAUUAUUAUUAUACUUUUUUUUUUUUUUUUUUUUUUUAAAGCUGUGAAUAAAUUUCUUAGAAUUCUUGCAAUAAAACCACUUUUAUGUAAUGGGGUAGAAUGGAGAAAUGCACAUACCUGAGUUUCUGGUUUGACAAUUCCCAGACAUAUUAAAUUCCCCAAACACUUAGGGAUUUACUAAAUUCUAAAUGUUAAAGUUUCACUAUAGACCAAAUUGCAGUGCGUUAAAGGAACACUGUGGCAUAUUUUUCAAAGUGGUCUGAGAAGUAAUGGUUACAUUCCAUCUUUAUUUUUAUAUAUUUAUUUUAUAUUCAUUAAAUUGAUCUAAAAAAGGCAGUUUUCUUCAUAGCAAUUUUUUUCAGUUUUCCCAAUGGUUAAGUUGCAAAAAAUGCAAAGUAGUAAAAAAUCUGGCAGAUUUAAUUAAUUGUUCUGAUAAUUUGCUAAAAAUUAGAUGGGAAAAGUGUUGGUCAUCGUCUUCCCCACUAGAUAAACGCCUGACUGCUGCCUGGUCCAUCCACGAGCGCAGGUGUAGGAAUACAAAAUACAUUUGUUGUGCAUGUGGUCAGCCAUACGAAGACUUCCUCCAGUAACAUUUUUGAGUAACUUUAGAGCUAUCCAGUGAAUUGGCACAACAAUUGGCAUUUAUUUUGAUGAACAUGGCUGGCAUGAUUGGAGUUUAUCAACGAUACUUGGAAAAUGUAGAGUUGUAGAGGGUAGUUGCUAUAGAAGAACGUGGCAGUAGAGAUCAGUGAGAGGAAAGGUUAAAUGUCAAUGGAAAGCUGCUGCAGAUCCAAGGAUUUCAGGUCUCUGUAGAGUCUAGGUGUGCAUGAGACAUUGGUUGGGUGGGGGCAGGAUAAUAUUCUAGUGUAGGAAGUUGUAAUCAGAGUAAGAGAGAGAUGUGUUGGUGAAGUUUGUGAUCGAAGACAAGAUGUUGCUGGCAUGAUGGGUAGGGGAAUUGCCACGUAAAGUCAAAUGAGUCAUAUUGUGGCUGCAGUCAUUGCAUCCCAAAUGAGUCCCAUGGAGGCAGUCCUAGAGCUGAAUUUAGAGGCUUUGGAGGUAGUCUGUGCAUGUAUACAGAUGUUAAAAUCUCCAAGGAUAGUGGAGGGAAUGCCAAAGGACAGGAAGUCAGAGAGCUAGGCAGAGAGGGUGUGGUCAGGAAUGUGCUAGAUAACCACAAUACAUACCAAGAAGUGUUGAAAGAGGCGUAUGGCAUGGACCUCGAAAGAAGGGCAGUUAAAGGACCACUCUAGGCACCCAGACCACUUCAGCUUAAUGAAGUGGUCUGGGUGCCAGGUCCUUCUAGGGUUAACCCAUUUUUUCAUAAUUAUAGCAGUUUCAGAGAAACUGCUAUAAUUAUGAAUGGGUUAAGCCUUCCCCCUAAUCCUCUAGUGGCUGUCUCAUUGACAGCCACUAGAGGCGCUUGCGUGCUUCUCACUGUGAAAAUCACAGUGAGAGCACGCCAGCGUCCAUAGGAAAGCAUUGUAAAUGCUUUCCUAUGAGACCGGCUGAAUGCGCGCGCAGCUCUUGCCGCGCGUGCGCAUUCAGCCGGCGGGGCGUAACGGAGGCGGAGAGGAGGAGGAGAGCUCUCCGCCCAGCGCUGGAAAAAGGUAAGUUUUUACCCCUUUCCCCUUCCAGAGCCGGGCGGGAGGGGGUCCCUGAGGGUGGGGGCACCCUCAGGGCACUAUAGUGCCAGGAAAACGAGUAUGUUUUCCUGGCACUAUAGUGGUCCUUUAAGGGAUGGUACAGAAGGAAUAAGUUGAAGGGUAGAACGAGCUGAGAUAAGACCACCACUGUCCUCAUUGCAGUCACCGGGUCUGGAAGUACGUGAGAGUUGGAGGUCACCAUAUGGUAGGGAAGCAGGGGUAAUACAGUCAGAGACUUCUAAUCAGUGACACAGCCUAGUUUAUGUAACCAUAAACAGCUGACUGCCACAAUAUGAUACUGGGAGUUCACAUGGCAAUUUCCCUCAUCCUAUAUGAUAAGUGGAACUGCUCUUGGAGUGACUAUUUAUUGCAUAAAUCUCUGCUGGACAGGGAUUCAUGGAAUAAUAGACCCUAUAGACUAGAAUGAGACACUCCUGAUUUUGUCUCACUGGUGAAGGAGGGGUUUGCCUGCAUCGUGACCCACCAAACACUGCAUUUAAUUUUUUUGUAUUCUUUUUCAAGUAUGCCUUCUGACCUGAGCUGUAAUGCAAGAAUAAUGUGUGUAAUAUAUGAAAUAUGCUGUGAACUGGGGGAGAUCACACUACCGAGAUACAAUUCAAAAACGUACAUUAAUCUAGUUUGUAGUAUUUGUAUUUUUGGAGUGGGGGGACGGAGGGGACAGGAUAAAUCUGGUAUGAGAUUUAUAGAUUUGUUUUUUUCUUUUGUUUUAUUUUGCUGUUUGCACAGUGCUCUUGGAAACGGCAAAUGAUUUUAUUAAAGCAAAUAGGUGUGGCUGCAAUACAAAUCUACCCAUUCUGCUUUGGGAAGGAAACAAAAUACCUGUCUAGUCUAUUUCAAACAAGACUAAUAAGUAGGGUAGUAUUGUCAGGGAAGAAAUACAUGUUGUUUAAUAAAAAAAAAAAUCAACCAACCAAAAACCUUUUGCAUUCUGUGAGCUUUGAAAUUGCUUUUUAGUCAGUGAGUGAUUUGUACUGGAUCUUGUAUGUUGUAUGAAUUGGUCCCAGCAGCUUCCUUAUAAUGUAUGAAUAUUAAGGUGAGUGCAGCUCUCUUGAGGUGUGUGUGUGUGUGUGUGUGUGUGUGUAUAUGUAUAUAUAUAUAUGUGUAUGUGUGUGUAUAUAUAUAUAUAUAUAUAUAUAUAUAUAUAUAUUAUAGUAUUUUUGUAGAUUUUCUUUUGGUUUUGUUUAUUUUUGGGGGGAGGAGGACUAAACACUAUGUAGACAAAAAUAUUUUUGGGACACACCUUAAUUAUUGAAUUCAGGUAUAUAAAUUGGACCCAUUGUAUAAAAUAAAGCAUCAAGCCAUGCAGUUUGCAUUUACUAACAUUUUAUGGGAAAAAAUGGGUCGUUCCGAAGAGCUCAGUGAAUUCUAGUGUGGUACAGAUGCCACCUUUGCUAUAAGUCAGUUUGUGAAACUUCAUCCCUGCUACUGUAAGUGGUAAUGUUGGAAAGUGGAAAUGUUUAGGAACAACAACUGUGCCAUGUAAAGCUGCAGAAGACCACCUAAAGAUUGAUGAGGCGCAUGGUGCAUAAGUCACCAAACCUCUACAGAUUCCUUCGCUAAAGAGUUCCAAACUUUCACUGGCAUUAAUAUCCGCACUAAAACUGGGUGGUGGGAGAGUCUUGGAAUGGAUUUCCCUGGCCAAGCAGCUGCAUACAAGCCUCACAUCACCAAGUAUAAUGCCAAGUGUCAGAUCCAGUGGUGUAAAGCAUGCCGCCACUGGCCUUUUGGAGCAGUGGAAACGUGUUCUGUGGAGUGACAAAUCAUGCUUCUCUGGCAGUCUGGUGAGCGAGUCUAGGUUAGCCUAAUGCUAGGAGAAUGUUACCUGCCUGAUUGUGCCAACUGUAAAGGAGUUUCAGGAGUUGUGCUAGGCAAAUGCUUCAGCAUACCAAGACAUUUUGGACAAUGCUAAAAUUCCAACUUUGUGGGAAUAUAUUUAGAAUGCUAUGUCAUAAAAGUCCCUGUUUGUGUACUGGUCAGGUGUCCCAAUACUUUUGUCCAUAUAGUGUGUAUGUAAUAUAUAUCUAUAUAUUAUGUGUGUGUGUGUGUGUGUGUGUGUGUGUGUGUGUGUGUGUGUGUGUGUGUGUGUGUGUUAAAUAUUUUUUCCCCAUUUGUGGGUGGGUUUUUUUUUGGUUUUGUUUUUUUAGUGAGCUACAUAUUUAAAAUGGGGAGUCAAAUAUACCUGCUGGUUUCCAUGGUUUUUGCCCAGCUUUUAGUACUUUAGGCCACUUAAACACUUUUUACCUUUAACAGUAGAUAUUCUCUAGUCAAUUCCAGCCUUUCAUUGUUUACUGCAUAAUCCACUGUGUGGAAGCUUCAGACUCAAAUUGAAGUGGAGAAGCAGAGCUGACAGAUGCUGGACUGAAGACUUUGCGGUUAAACCGUUCAUUAAUGGUUUAACUCCUGAUAGUAAGCCUGAUCAUAUGAGAACUUUACACAAUAACUUAAUUUUGAUGAAGUUUUCAAGGUGACUGGAGUAUUCCUUUAAUCUGCAACAUAAGACAGGUUGCUUCCUCUUUUAAUACAGUGCUACCUGCAGUUCAUGGAGAAUUAUCUCAAGGUGUCCAGCAGUAAUUCCAUUCAAAGCUUGUCUAAAAAAUUGUAUUUAUACUAAUUGUCCACUAAUACUUGUACCUAUUGCUGAACAUUCCAUAAUACUGUGUAUGUUCCUAUCCUUGUCCUCAUCCCUGGUAUACCAGGGAUGCGUAGAUUGCUCUGUGCAUUGGUUGCUGCAGCUGGAACAGGUUCAUCUUCUUGCAUGCUCUGUUCUGGUGCCAGCUCCUGACAUGAUAUCCCGUCACCCAGAAUGAUUGCAAGGUGCACAAGGCUAAGUUUAAAAUACGUGCGUAAGUGUACAUUGCACAGAUGUAUGCAACCAUUUAAACCAGUGGAUUAUUCAGAGAUAUGUAUGGUGUUUUUGAAGAGAAUGUUCAAUGGCCACUUGCUAAAUCAUGUUGUUGCUUGAUGUCUUGCUGUGAUAUGUAUAUGGUCUUGGAUGCUUAAAGCCAAACCACAGCUUUACUGUCCCUUUAAAAUAGAAUUUGGUGUUUUUGUUUUGUAUGUAGUUGACGCACACACUCUUAAGUGCAGUUUACCUUUUUGUACCUAUCUUAGAAUCUGCUUUUUCAUCAGUUUUGUUUCUUUAACCCCUUAAGGACCAAGCUUCUGGAAUAAAAGGGAAUCAUGACAUGUCACACAUGUCAUGUGUCCUUAAGGGGUUAAACAUUUUGCCAUAAAUAGAUCUGACAUUUAGUUUGAAGUUACAAGCUUAUAGAUGCAGUUAUGCAGCUGUUACUUUGUUUUCAUACAGAACAUUGUGACAAAUAGUAGGCUGGUCUCCCUCAGUUGAACUACAAAUUCCAUGAGCUUUUGCCAACCAAUGUUGGCCCCAGAAGACCUGUGUGUUGCUCACCCAUGUCGUAGACAGCACAUUCAUAAAGCCUAUGAUAUAGCUAACCCUCAUAGACCGCUUUGUCAUUUACUUAGUGUUAAUCUAUUUGUACAUAUGCUCUCCUCAAUUUCAAGAAGUAUUUCACCAAUUUUCCAAUGGUAACUAAAAACAAUAAACCAUGUCUCCCUCUGGGAGAGUCCCCCUCACCCCAAAUCCAGGAAUUUAUUUACAUAUUCUAAUUCAAAGUAAAAAAAUUGAAUCCGAACUUGAUUUUACCAAUUUUCCAUGACUAAUCUAUUUCUUAUAGAUUUACAUGUAAGCUCUCUAAACACACUUGAUUUGCCUGUCCGUUUAAAUAGGUUUCUCAGGGUUUUUUUGUUGUUUUUUUUCCCUGCCUUGUAAAUGUGUGUUUUCACUAGUAAAAAGUUGAAGUUGAGUUUAAAAAUACUUGGUUCAACUACAUCAGUAGUAACUUCCACCAAAUUGAGAUUUCACAGAAAAUGGCUUGCUACCUUUGUUGUAAGUCUGUCUGUGUGUGUGUGUGAGACUCCCCACCCCACGUAUGAGACUUUAAACUUUAAACUUUCUUGAAUGGUCUUCUAGUAAAAAAAAAAUCUAAUAAUCUUAUUUGUUUAUAAUCAUACCAUCCUUUUGUACUUGAAAGUAAAACUUACUGUACUGUCUAAUCCAAAGAUGAAAGGGUUAUGGAAUUUAUAAAAGCCCUGGGACCUGUAGUUGCAGGUGCUUUGCUGGGCAGGCAGGAAACUUUCUUCUUCUUUUUAGGGCCUUUUAGCCCUGCAAUUUGCUGCUUGUGGAGGUCCCAGGGUGUGCAGGACUGGGACAAAUAUUGUGUGGUCUCCAUCGACAGCGGGUGCUGGUCACCAUAAUUACUCUACGCAGACACUGCACGGGGCCAGCAAAGAGGACUGUUUUUAUACGGAGGUAGGGAAGGCAGUUUUUGAGAUCUAGGCAGAUCUAGGUUUACCUUUCAGUUGUGCACUAGUCGUUAAAGCAAAUUACAGUGCAUACUGGCUGUUGUAAUUUUUUUUUAUUUUUUUUAAACACGGUAUUAACAUUAGGCAAACCGAGGCUGUCAUAUUUUUUGGGUCACUGCACAAAAGAGGUCUUUGAGGCAGUGGUGUAUCUUGGAUUUGUGCUGCCCUAGGCAGGACUAAAUUCAGACACUCCCCUAAUCUAAAUGUGAACCUCCACUCCAUGUCAAGGCCACUUUUUUGACUGACAGACGCACGCCCUCAUCGACACGUGCACUGACAGAUACAGUCAUUGGCACACGCACUGUUUAAACAACCCACACUCUCAGAUACACAUACAUUGACAUACACUCGCUGAAAGACACACAUUGACACAGAUAUCCUCACUGAUUGAACACACACACACAUUCACUCACUCACAGACACACACACACACACACACACUCACCAACCAGCCUCCCUACCUUUUUGGAAGAUCGGGAGUGGAUCCUGUCCCUGACUGCUGCUGGGCUGCUGGCUGGGCGGACAGACUCCUGGGGCUGCGGGCUCUGCUGGCUGGGUGGGCGGGUGGGCAGGCGCUUAAUGGAGGUGGUGAGGGAACUGAGCUCUUCCUGCUCUUCUCCCUCACGCACCGCUGGAGCCGGAGUGACGUCCUGUUCUGACUCCCGGUAUCAUAGAAGGGCGAGCAGGAAGAGCUCAGAGGACUGCGCUCCCUCACCGCCUGCCUACACUUUGAGCCAGCCAACCACCUCUUGCUCCCACCCUGGAUGUGAGGCAAACAAAGCACGUGCCUGGGCACUUAGGGCGGCGUUUUUUGCCACCCCCUGAAAGUGCCGCCCUAGGCAAAUGCCUUGUUUGCCUCGCUGCAAAUACAGCCAUGCAUGGAGGUUUUGGUUACCUUUUUAAGAGAUUUGAGUGCCUAGAAUAUUAAUUUGCAUUCUUACAAAACCUGCUUAUGUUGCCUAUAUUUUGAGGGGAUAUUUAUUAAACAUUUUCAAGGACAGCCCCUUCCUUGUCUAACAGCGUUCUGUGGCCCUUCUCAUUGGAGGUGUCUGUUUGGGUUCAGUUCUAAUCUGAGCCAUACAAAGCAUGGUUUGAACAGUAUACUCCUUUUUAUUCCACUUACAUGUGCAUGCAUUGCACCUUGCUUUUCUGUACUGCUAGCUCAUACACAGAUUGUGUGAUGUUAAAGAAAGCUGUGGAAAAGCUGCUCAGACCUCUCUUUCAACGUGCAGUGUGUACAAUUAUACCUACAUAGUUUCCGUUCUCAGCAUUCUAUCUUCUAGUCUCUCACUCUAUUUCUUUGUCGGCACCAUUAGCCUCUCGAGUAGUCUUUCAGUCUAAUUCCACCAUUCUACACCAGGGGUAGUCAACACACAUACAUACAGCUCUACAGAUAAUGUGGACUUCAUCUCCCCCUGAUGCCUUGCCAGCAGUUAGCGCAUUAUAGAAGAUGUAGUUCACAUUAUCUGGAGUGCCAAAGGUUGCCUACCUCUGUUUUAAACAAAUUUCUAUUUCCUCACAAUCCCUCCCCCAUUUGCAGUUCCAGACUGUUUGUGUUAAUAAGAAAAUGAUUGAAGUACAAAGAGCAUUGUUUUAUUACAUUUCCCGGUUGUAUUCCUUUUUAUUAAGGAAAAUACAAGUGUUAUAUCCUUUAUCCCACAGGGUAAGCGUUAUCCGUAGUGGUUUAGUGGGCAGGGAAUUUCUAUGUCAGAAUACACAGGGAUUAAACUCGUCUAGUUUUUUUCUGGCACUAUAGCUUCCCCCUCGGUCAAUCGCGAUCGGACAUCCGUGAGGCUACCAAAAAUUGCCUAACAGCCCAGAAGUCCCUCUAGUGGCUGUCUGGUACACAGCCAAUGGAGGUUUAGAAUUAUUGCAGUUUAUAAGAACUACAAUAACAAGCUUUGUAGGGUUAAGGGACCUAGGACACUGCACCCAGACCACUUCAAUGCACCUCCCUGUUUCUGAUAGACUAUUUUUGUCAUUUUCUUUUAAAAAAACUUUUAUGUAAAUCAUGUUUUGUGUUUUUGUGCAGAUGAUCACCCCCAUUUUAAAUUGGCACCAAUUUUGUAAAAAAAUAAAAUAAUAAAAUGUAAAAAAGUGUGAUACAAGCAAUUUAAGUUUUAGUAGAUACAGAUAAACAAAAAAGAGGGGUGAUUGAAGCGAUUAAAGAAAAUACUGGACAGAAAUCAUAGGGGAUAACCCUUAGAAAUAAGUGGCAAACAAGAAAAGACUGAACUGUCCAGUGACCUCUAUGGUAGUUUAAAAAUUAACUUUUAAUUUAUCAAAAAUAAAGAAGGGCUAGAGAAAUACCUAGCUCUAAAAAUAUAGCACUACAUUAACCAAAACAGAGAGGGAAGGGGAGACAUAUAGGGUACAAAGAAAAUAUAUACAUAUAGAAUAAUAAAAGACUAGUGUUGUCUCAGCUAGACUAAUGAAUGGAAGUAGAGAGGCUUAACUCUUUUUUUUAUCCUGCUGCAAUAUGUGCUCUUGCUGCUAAAAUCGAUAAUGAAACAUUGUAACUGUUUCACUGAAACACUGAUCAUGCAAACAGAGUAUCGAAUUAGUCCAUCUUAUAACAGAUUAUCGUGGAUCGCAGUGGCUUGAUCAAAAAUUCGCAAAGUGAGUCAGACUGACUAGAAUGGAGUGAUACAGAGCUAAUACUAGCGAGUCUUGGAAUUUAAGCCAAGCCAGAGCACAAUUGCACAGGCAUCUAAAUAGCGUAUCUGUCCUAAUAUUUGAUAAUUAUCUAACUGAGACUAUAGUCAACAGGCCCGGACUGGCCAUCGGGCACACCGGGCAAAUGCCCGGUGGGCCGCGGUGGCCAUGGGCCGAGGCCGGCAGGGGAGGUCCCAGGAUCUCCCCUGCCGGUCUAUGCAGGGCCGGCGCUAUCCGAGCGCCGGCCCCGCUGUGUUCCAUGAAGGGCCGGUGGGGAGAUCAAAGAACACACACACAGAGCACCCUAACAUUGACACAGCACCCUAACACACACACAGCACCCUAACACCAGCACCCUAACAUUGACACAGCACCCUAACACACACACAGCACCCUAACACCAGCACCCUAACACACACACAGCACCCUAACACCAGCACCCUAAAAUUGACACAGAACCCUAACACACACAGCACCCUAAGACCAGCACCCUAAGACCAGCACCCUAAGACCAGCACCCUAAGACCAGCACCCUAAGACCAGCACCCUAAGACCAGCACCCUAAGACCAGCACCCUAACAUUGACCCAGCACCCUAACAUUGACCCAGCACCCUAACAUUGACCCAGCACCCUAACAUUGACCCAGCACCCUAACAUUGACCCAGCACCCUAACAUUGACCCAGCACCCUAACAUUGACCCAGCACCCUAACAUUGACCCAGCACCCUAGCAUUGACCCAGCACCCUAGCAUUGACCCAGCACCCUAGCAUUGACCCAGCACCCUAGCAUUGACCCAGCACCCUAGCAUUGACCCAGCACCCUAGCAUUGACCCAGCACCCUAACAUUGACCCAGCACCCUAACAUUGACCCAGCACCCUAACAUUGACCCAGCACCCUAACAUUGACCCAGCACCCUAACAUUGACCCAGCACCCUAACAUUGACCCAGCACCCUAACAUUGACCCAGCACCCUAACAUUGACCCAGCACCCUAACACACACACACACACAGCACCCUAACGCCAGCACCCUAACGCCAGCACCCUAACGCCAGCACCCUAACGCCAGCACCCUAACGCCAGCACCCUAACGCCAGCACCCUAACGCCAGCACCCUAACGCCAGCACCCUAACGCCAGCACCCUAACGCCAGCACCCUAACGCCAGCACCCUAACGCCAGCACCCUAACGCCAGCACCCUAACGCCAGCACCCUAACGCCAGCACCCUAACGCCAGCACCCUAACGCCAGCACCCUAACGCCAGUAAUUCUAACGCCAGCACCUAACGCCAGCACCCUAACGCCAGCAACUUAACGCCAGCACCCUAACGCCAGCACCCUAACGCCAGCACCUAACGCCAGCACCCUAACGCCAGCACCCUAACGCCAGCACCCUAACGCCAGUACCCCAACGCCAGCACCUAACGCCAGCACCUCUAACGCCAGCACCUCAACGCCAGUACCCUAACGCCAGCACCCUAACGCCAGCACCCUAACGCCAGCACCCUAACGCCAGUAACUUAACGCCAGCACCCUAACGCCAGCAAUUCCCUAACGCCAGCACCCCUAACGCCAGCACCCUAACGCCAGCACCCUAACGCCAGCACCCUCUAACGCUUUCAGCACCCUAACGCCAGCAAUCUCUAACGCCAGUGCACCCUAACGCCAGCACCCUAACGGCCAGCAAUUCCUAACGGCCAGCACCUCUAACGCCAGCACCCUAAUCCAGCACCCUAACGCCAGCACCCUAACGCCAGCACCCUAACGCCAAAGCAAUCUCUAACGCACACACACACACACACACACACACAGCACCCCCUACCACAUACAGCAACCUAGCACACACACACACACACACACACACACAGCACCCCACCACAUACAGCAACCUAGCACACACACACACACACACACACACAGCACCCUACCACACAGCAACCUAGCACACACACACACACACACACACAGCACCCUACCACAUACAGCAACCUAGCACACACACACACACACACACACAGCACCCUACCACAUACAGCAACCUAGCACACACACACACAUCACCCUCAAAUACACAGCACCCUCGCACAGUGCCCUCACACACAGCACCCUCCCACACACAUACUGCACCCUCCCACACACACUAUACUCCUCACAAAUGCACACUACACCCCUCACACACACAGCACCCCCCAAACACACUGCACCAGUCACACACACAGCACCCCCCAAACACACUGCACCAGUCACACACUCACUAGAUCUCCUAUACGCACUCCGGAGUCCUUCAAACACACACUAGAUCCCCUACACACAGACGCUGCACCACUUACACACACACUACAUUUCUGACAUACACACUCAGGAUCCCCUAUGAACACACUAGAUAUCCUUUAAGCAAACACAUAGUGUCUCCAUAAAUGGGAUACAGUGAGUAUUCCAAUUAUGGAAACCCCUGAGACAAGUUUCAAGCAAACACAAUGCAAGCAUGUUAUUAAAUUUGCUUGCGCUGUGCAGAUCAAAUACAGGGCCCUUUUCUCAUGCCCUGGAAGAGCAUUGAACCAACAUGCUCACUUUGAGAUGGGGCGUGCUUGUCAUUGGGGAUGACAAAACACACCCUAUCUGGUCCCGCCCCCUUUUCAGUGGGCCGCUGUAAUUAAAAAUGCCCGGGCCAAAUUUUUUCCCCAGUCCGGCCCUGAUAGUCAAUGUGUGGUUAGUGCAGAGCCUGACACAAUCUGAUGCCAAAACGGCACUUAAUGUCUAAAUGGUGCCUUUAAUGGGCAUCACAUAGCCGGAAAAAUUAUAAAGUAAAAUAAUAGCCCAGGGUAGUAAAGAUAAUGAGGUAAAAACAGCAAAAAGUAGCCCUGUCAGAGUGAUUUGCUGAUCUGCCCUGGACUAAGUAAAUGAAUGUAGCUCGUAGCUAAUAUCUGACUAGGCUAAGUAUAAGGAAGGGAUAUCCGUCUUUCCCUAUCUGUGGCUGAACUGAUAGUGCUGCCAAAACCCAAGUCUCUAAUAGCUGAUUGACGAGUUGCUAAGCUUACUGAAGCUGCAAAGACCUAAAUUAGUGGUUACAGAUUUGCGAGUCACACUAAUCUGAUGAGUCAAACAAAAACUCAUAAAACUUGCUGGUCUCAAGAAACUGCAAAGUACGGCUACACAUAGGAGCCCCGACGCGCGUUUCGCCUGUAAGCGGCUCUUCAAGAUACAGAUACUCACAUCUGCAGUUGCUGCAUUUGCAAUAAAUCCCCAGGUUUUUCAUUUCAAUUUCUUACCAGUGCCAGGAGAAUGAAAUGAUCAACCAGUCAGGGUGCUCCAUACGUCCUUAAAGUUAUGAUGCCUGGCGCGUCCCAAUUUAAAGAGACCACACAUUAGUUCAUCACCUCUUCAAAGCUUGGGAGCUCGCUAUCCUGAGCCUAGUCCUGCAGUGCAUGGGUAGGUCAUUUGCCAGAAGUGUAAGCUUAUCACUCUGAGCCAGUGAGCUAAGCCCUGCACUGCCAGGUUUAGUUCAAUGUUGUGAGCUUCUGGCAGAGAUGUGAUGUGGAGCAGCACCACACACCCCCCAGGUCAAUACAUUCCUAAACCAUUUGACUACUUGAAUAUUGGGAGGGGAGUAUACCCUAUCACUCUUGGCACCAUAUCUUUUACAGUGACAGUGUGUUCCUUUAAUGUGUGUUAUAGUUUAUGUUUCAGUUGUGUUAUAUUUUGUUACCCUAGCAACUGGAAUCCACCCAGUAUUUCAACAUUUUCUGGUGUCAGUAAGUUAAACGUGAAUGAUUAGGAGACAGGAAAUGUGUAGAUCCUGUGGAAACCUCUCUUCAACCAAAAUUUUGAUUAUUCUGUGUAGGGAAUUAUUUGAUUAUUCUGUGAUUUUUUUUUUUUAUUUUUUUUUUGUCUUGCAUUGUUUGAAUAAAGAAUAAAAAAUGUUCCAUUUGGCAUUCAAUGCUUGUAGUGCUUUUCAUACACUUUUUUUUUUUUCUCAAUCUUUUUCUUUUUUUGUGAUGGUAGUACACACAGAGGCACUACCGUACAUACCGCGGUGGCAGCUGCGACCAGGCCCAUCACUUCAGGGGGCUCGGACGCCCUGCGAGCGGGUACCCGCCGCCAUGUUUUGCGCCCUCGGCCCGUGCAGCAAACCGCAGGGGCCCAUCAGGUGGCCCAUGCUGUCAGGGCCAUCCGAUGGGUAUGGAUUUCCAGGCGCUGUUAAGGCACCCAGCGCUGACCAGGCCCCCUGUGAUGACAUCAGACAGAGCUGGGCGGAAGUGACUGCCUUCCUCCCCGUAGGGGGAAGAAGGAGGCAGUCAGAGUGGGAACUCUGACUCCCAUCAGGCUAAGCCCUCACUGGACCCCAGGGAAAGUCACCCUCCUGCAAAAGGUAGGAAACAGAAGGGUGACUUAAACAUUUUGUAUGUGUCCGUAUCAUACAUAGACACAGACACAUACAGAGGCGCACACACAUAAAGAUACACACUAUGUAUGUAUAUGUGUAUGUCUGUCAGGAGGUGUAUGUGUCUGGGGUGGGACAUGGAUCAUUUUUAUACUGGGGCCCCAUAGAUUGUAUGAAUGCCACUGCACAGAGGUAAUGACAUCAGAGUAUGUAGCUAUCAAGGUUGUUAUAUAAUAUGUCAGAUAUUAGUCUGAACAAGAAAUACAUCCCUUUUUAAAAUGUAUUUUUUUUUUUUUUAAUGUUACAUGAGUUCACUAAGAGAGAAAAGAAAAUAACAAAAUGUAAGUAAACAAUAUGAUUUUUAAAUGGCAGAGGUUUUCUACCCCUGAAAGCUCCAGUUAUAUAAUAGGAAUAUGAGAAAUGUCCAGCUUGUACUGUGACAGAGAGUGAUGCAUUAUCCAUAAAAUCUUGCGGGUGCAAAAUGUAGGAGCAGAAAGGAACAUUAACCAGAUGUGUUAAACGAAGGCAAACAAGGAAAAAUAAAGCAUAUGCUGCAAUACACACAAAGCAGGCUGUGAUGUGACUUGCAUCAAGGGGCUCAGCAUUGCAAUCAGCCUAUGUCUGUUAUGAGUAUGGCAUAGUCCUAUAUGGUAUCUCCGGUCUUAAGGUCCAGUGCCAAUGGUGUCUACCCUGUCCCAGCUUGAGCAAGGAAGCUGCCAGGGUGGGGAUCGGGAUCACACCCGCAGGUCCAAAUGGAGAGGUGGGAGGGUUGCAGGUUCGGGAGAUCGGCCGUCUCUCCCCUCCCCAGCUCCUGCAGCCUCAGCAGAGAAAAGAGUCAGGAUGGCCUCAGUGGACUGCGGUAAACACUCCCAGACUUGUCAAUCAGAUGGCUAAGCCUAGGGUAUGCUGCCAGUUUCAACAUUGUUAAUUGAGUUUCAUUAAGAGGUCACUGGAAAGACAUCCAGUCACCAUUGUGGUCAGUUUACAGCUUAAUACAGUGCUCGUGGUGUCUCGAUGCUACCCCUGCCGUCAAUUGAGCUGAUAUUGGAGCUACUUCCAUGUAAAGACGGCAAAAAAGUAUUUACAUUCAGUGAUGAAGUUUUCCCAUAGAGGAGUAUUGUAAUGCUUCUCUAUGAGGAAAUUUGUAUUGGUGGACUGUGGUGGCCAUGAUCAUGAAGAACUCAGUCAUGACCAUCAAGAAAGUUGGAAUGACAGUGAGGCAGGGCUAUUUUGUAUUUGCAAUGUUCAUGCUCUUUUAAUGCAUAAUUUGUCACAUAAAUGCAAUGCAUAAUUAUUUUAGGUUGAUCAAAUCCAGUCAACAGUUGCUAUAGUGACAUUCUAGGAUCCUUGCCAUUUUUCAUAUUUGUAAAUAUUUUGAGUUAUAAUUAUAUUAAUGGGAUGCAGUAUGUCCCAACUUUAGUUCAGUAAGUGUGACCCUUUUAAUGUCAUAUGUUGCACAUGUAAACUGUUAACCAACAUCAUCAAUGGGCUGCAAUCUCUAGCUAUACUAAUUCAAUAAACAGUAACUUGUACUGAUAAUCAAAACAAAAUAUGUUCAAGUCUGAGCGCGACCUAUUGUCAAAGACAAAACCCAGUCAAAUAGUUACAUUUAAUACAAAAAGAUGAGCAAUGUUAUUCACAAUAGUGUUUUUUUUUAUUUUUAUUUUUUUUAUGAUGCAUAACAAGGUCUUGAUUGAAUCACAGGUACCAUGUACAUACAAGCUCCAUUUCAACACGACUUUGACUUUUUAAGUGAUACACCAAUUACCAUAACCACUACAGUGGUGGUUUUGAUGGUAGGGACACCCUGGUGCUUUUCUCUGCUAAUUGGGCAAAUGUAAUGGAUCACUCAUAAUUAUCUGUGCACUGAAGUGACAUUAACCCGUGAACCCUUGUUACACCUCCAUGAGCAAAAAUGUUGAACUCUGCACGUAUCGACUCCAGACACCAUGGGCAAUUCAGAUCGCUGUAGUGGUUUGGUGCUUAGAAUAACACUUUGAAGGGUAUCUGCCAUGUCCCAAACCACUUAUGAUCUUUUGUCUCUUAAAAGAGCAUACCAUUUAAUCUCUACAUGGAUCUAACAGAACUGCUAGCAAAUAUAGAUUCUCCCAUCUCUCAUAGACUUUAUGCCAAUAAUUUGAUUGACAAAAGUGUAGAAAAAGACCACAUACAGUCAGUCAUUCUGCUCUCCAAAGCAUAGUAACCACUGCAUAUGCCCUGUGGCUGCUAUGGAAACUCUUUAGCCAAUGUUGCUAGUGCUGGCUAGGGAGUAUAGGAAAGGAUUGGCAAUGUGCCUCCAAGUAGAGCAAAUAACAGAAGACCAAAGGACUGACCAGAGGUGGGUGUUACACAAAGAGUCUCAAAACAGCAGCACAUGGAGAGACAAAGUAAUAUAAAAAUAGCCAGUUGCAAGCCAUACAAACACUACCUCAAGUGCUUUAAAUACUCAAAUAUAAAUAGAAUACACACUAUAACAAUCUCAAAAAACUUAACUUUAUUAUGUACAAAAAAGUACCAGAGCGAAAACAUACAAGAAAAAUAAACACAAUGACAGCAAGGGCAAAUACAAUAAAAUAAUGAUAAAUUACCAAAAAAAAACUCUUACAAGCCUCAAGACAGAAACACGAGGCACCAAACCCCCCAACGUUUUGGCACCAAUUGGCUGCCUUUAUCAAGGUUACCUGUAUCCAUGUUCAAAUGUGUCUGCUUAUAAAGCCCUCUUACAGCUGAUGGCCAUCAGCAUAAAAUUGUUACCACCACAAAGAGUAACACCUACAAAAGUCAGAAUAUGACAAUACUGGAACAGAGGUGAGUAUAUCUUGAUAAUUUAUAUUGAAUACAUAAUGUAUUUUUGUGUUUCACGAUACAUUAAAUGUUUUAGGAGAUUCUGGCUAAAGCUGGAGGGCAUUAUAUUUAAAACUAGUAUUGAAUGUAAUGGGAUAGUGAGUCAACCACUUGCUAAACCACUUUGGAAUACAAAUCCAACCAACCUCAUACAGUGGUUGGUUGGCUGAGCUUGAUAAAAAUGUUAGUCCUCAAUAACUUUAUAUAGCAAGUCUAUAUUUAAAUGGACACAUAAAAAAAAGUUAUGUAUUUGUAGUCUAUCAGAAUAAAACCAAAGCAUAGUUAUUUCAAAACCCUUGAGUGCUCUUUUGGUUUUUUUUUUUUUGUGCACGCUCAUAAUUAUCAUAUGCAAUACAGAAUUGGGUAGGUUGUCUGUGUUGAAAAUGUUGCUGUAUAUUGUAUGUGUUGGCAAUCCACUAUUGUACUGUGACUCAAUUUCCUAUAUAAAAUGGCACAGUACCCAAUUGUGUUGUAAUUUGAUCUGUUUUUGAGGAUGGCAAACUUGUGACCAGCUUACAAGCAUUCAUUUAGUACAUUAGAAAAUGUCCAUUAAUAAAGUCUGAUGGUAAGAUAAAGUUCCAGACCAGGAAAGCUAGGGAAACUAGAAUCAGUUUGAGCAGAGCUUUGCCUGUAAUCAACGGUCUCCUUCUAAAAUGGAUGCUGCACAGUGUUGUUUUGUUAAACAGAGAAACAGUGAGUCAGUCGCAUGGAUGGAAAAUGUGGGAAGGAGCUGUGAGCUCACUUCAUCUAUUUCAAGCUUAGAUCUUCCCUAGUUUUUAUAAUGUUAGAAGUAAGCAUUGAAUGUUUUUAAACAUGUUACCAAAGCUGCACAAAACAAUGUUGUAGGUUUAGCUUUUUUCCUGAUGACUCAAGAGUGCAUUUGAAAGGAUACUAUAUAGUGUUAGGAAUACAAAUAUGUAAUCCUAAUGCAUGUAGUGAUUCCAUACCUACGUAGGUGUAUGCCCCCCACCCCCAAGUGUUUGAAGGUUAGUAUCACUUGUCUGUCUUCCUACUUCACACUGGUCUUGCAAUGUUCUGUGCACCUCGGCUAGACACUAGAGCUGUUUUGAAACCUCCGUUGUAAAAAUUGCAAUUGCUACAAAACAGCAAUGUUUUACAUUGCAUGGUUAACACUGAUGGUCAACUGCAUCCACACCAUUUUAGUGGUUCUUUACGUUAACACGUAGAUAUGCUUUUAUUCUGCAUUGAUAUUGUCACCCCUUAUUGUUUUAAAUGUAAUUAUGUGAGUACUUCCCGUGAUGGAAUUUCACCAAGCAUUCUGCUUAGUUUCCAUUCUUAUUAAGCUAGCAUUAUCACUGGUUUCCAUGGUAAUAGCUCCACUAAUAGAACUUUGCACCACUAUUUUAUUCCAUUCAUAAACAUCCUGCUAUAACUCCUUCUUGCAGAUGGUGUAGUAUUACGUUUUGGUGUAAGUGACACCAAAUAUAAGAAUUGAAGAACUGCCAUUUAUUAAAACGUUUCCAUUUUUUUUUUUUUUAUCAUGGUAGCUUGCUGGAACGGCUGUGCUUGCAAUAGGAUUAUGGCUUCGAUUCGAUGGUCAAACGAAAAGUAUGUUUGAAUCAGAUACAAACCCAAGUUCGUUCUACACUGGUAAGUUUCUCUAUCCUGUUCAUUGUGUGUGCUGGUUGAUUUAGGCUAUAGCAAGCGUUGGUCGUUUAUUAUUCAUGAAUGAUUAUUUACUAAACAGAGAAUUUAAAGUGAAUUUUAAAUCCCAACAUAUCAUCUGAAUUGGAAAAUUCUGUUUUGUUUCCUUUUGGCCUAAACUUUAAAGGACCACUCUAGGCACCCAGACCACUUCAGCUUAAUGAAGUGGUCUGGGUGCCAGGUCCAGCUAGGGUUAACCCAUUUUUUCAUAAACAUAGCAAUUUCAGAGAAACUGCUAUGUUUGUGAAUGGGUUAAGCCUUCCCCUAUUUCCUCUAGUGGCUGUCUCAUUGACAGCCACUAGAGGCGCUUGCGUGCUUCUCACUGUGAUUUUCACUUGACAAUUUUGACAAAGAAUGGAGCUUAGGGCAAGUUCCUCUUCCUUUCUCAAUUAAGAAAGGCAGUCGAGCUUUGGAGCUUGCCUUACAAAGUAGUCUUGUGUUUUUAAAUAUAAAAAGGUCAGAAAUGAACAGAUGAAUAUUCUGAAACAGGAAAAGAAGCGGAAACGGGAGAUUAGAUGACGGAGUCACUUUAGGGAAAUGUAAAAAAAGACUUUCAGUAUUUUAAAAAAUCUUUUGGGUGGGUGGGAGUGAAAUUAUCUACAAAAAUCAGGUAAACAUAAAUAUUACAAUGAAUAUCAGUGUUCAAAUGCACGGUAUAUUUGGAAACGACAAGUUUGGUUACAGUGUGUUGUCUUUGCAACUCUCCAAGUCCUUCAACUUUUACAUAUAAAAUGACAGUGUCCAUGAAUCACCAUAUGAUGGAAAUAGAGCUGGUCCAGGUGGAAUUUCUGCAUUGGUGAGCAUUUCGUGUAGCCACAGGAAAAGUAUGAUAAAGUAUACCCCCUUCAAAGCACCAAGUGCGAGUGCAUUAGGUCCUCCCCAUAGGAAAGCACUGCCUCAAUGCUUUCUUAUGGUGUUUUCACAGACACUGGAUGUUCUCAUGCAGAGAAUGACCUAGAGUCUAGGGGACCUAUAGUCUGGUAAACUCCCAGAAGUGCCACUAGUGGCUCCCUGUUAGACAGUCACUAGAGCCAGUCUUAGUACUGAAAGAGUUUCUGAAAAACUGCAGCGAUUUUACAUUGCAGGACUAAGGUAUACUUAGAAAAUGCACCCAUACAACUUCAAUGAGCUGAAGUGGUUUGAGUGCCUGUAGUUUCCCUUUAAGGACCUCAUUAAUACUUUUAGUGAAUCACCUUAAUUAUUUAAUAUGACACUCUAAGCCCCAAGAUGACUACAACUUAAAGGGUUACUCCAACCACUUUGACAACUUCAGUGAUUUGAAGUGGUCAUGGUGAUAUGAGUCGGUAUGUGCUGUGUUUCUGCUUGAAACCCUGCACAUAAGUUAUUCUUAAUUGUGUGCAUGGGGCUAGUUGCACUCCCAGCACAUGAGACGAGACCCAAAUCUCUCUUCCGGGCUGCCUAAUGUCAAUUCUGUACGCAUUUUGUAUCUGUUGUCAGCAUGCACAGUGUGCUGGUGACAAACAUGGUACUGUUCUUCCUUGCAGGCAGAGCUCUUACUCAUGACCACAAAUCACUGCCAAUUCAUUGACAUUUCCUUGUUUUUGAGAUAUAUCUGUGAUUGCAGGAGUUUACAUCUUGAUCGGAGCUGGAGCACUUAUGAUGUUGGUUGGAUUUCUGGGCUGCUGUGGUGCAAUUCAGGAGUCUGAGUGCAUGCUUGGACUGGUAAUAUUAAUUUGUUCUAUUCAGAAAUAAUAAAAAAAAAAAGUAUGUAAUGUAUAUAUUUUUAUAUAGAAUUUGGAGCAGGGAUUUUUUUUUUCUUCAUUGUAUAGAUCAGACAUUAAAAUAUGCAAUAUUACAAACAAAAAAGUAAAACUACAAUCAUAAUUAAUAAGGUUUUUUUUCAGUUCGUUUAUGUAUAAUGAGUGUGUGUGUGUGUGUGUGUGUGUACUCAAAACAUUUUAGUGUGGAUGGCACCUUACCUGGGUCACGCCAGGCACCUGUGGCCACAGUCCUGCUGUAGAGUUUGGUUAGCAAUACUGAGCUUUGCAGUACCUCGCUGACUGGCUGAGUAUUGUUUAUUUUAUAUGGACACAUGGCUUCUCCUGCCAUGUUUCAAGAAAAGUUGUCAAACUGUACUAAAAUGUUUUGACCGCUAAUUUGAGGCAGCGUCAGGGCUCAGGGCUCACCACAACUAGCAGGCUGUACUAGUUGUGGUGUUUAGAGUGUUCCCACACUAGGAUGUACCUUUUCUAAUAAGGACCCCUUCAUUUAAAAAAAAAAAAAAAAAAAAUAUAUAUAUAUAUAUAUAUAUAUAUAUAUAUAUAUAUAUAUAUAUAUAUAAUCAGAGAUGUACAAAAGAUCAUACUUUUUGUAUUUGUGUGGCUUUUUUUUUUUUUCUCUUUUCUCAGUGAGUUUCACAUUAAAUCCAACUAUGGAAAAUCUUUAUAACCGCGAUCAUUGUUUCACAGAUGGAUUUAAAGCCCCUACCUGGCAGUUUUUAAAGAUGAUUGUCCAUCCUCAUGAUAAUUAUACAGCAUAGCAUGACAAUCAAACCUGUAACUUCAUCAUUGCUCGUUAAGAAACACAAUUCCUUAUUGUAAUUCUCUAUAAAAAAUCACCAACAUACAGCAGUAUUAGGCUCCUUUUAACAUUACAUCACUGUGAUUAACUUAAGACCAAGUGAAUUAGAAUCUCAUUCUCCAUCCAACUUUGUAGCUGCUCCGUUCAGUGGAAACUGGAUAGGUUUUUAACAAAAUUAUUACAUUUCCUGCAAUAUUAGAAAACCUAUUGUUACAGUCAGUCCAAAGGUUGACAGAGCCACUGUCCAGUAUAGGGGGAGCAUCACCUAAAUGCACAAACCACUCAAAAAUCCAGAGAGGUGAAUUGAGUGACACAAACCCACUCAUGUAAACCUAGUGGAGCUCGAAAUUUAAAGUUACCCUUAAACAAUAGAGUUACCUACCAAUCCAAAAACAAGAUGGCAUAGGAUGGGGAAAUAUUGCACCAGAAACAUGAUAGAGUGCAGCAACCACUAGAUCGAACCAAAUGAUAACUAAUAGCUUUUAAAUCCAAAAGAUGUAAAGUGAUCGAAUAAAAGACAUGACAUCCAUUGUUAUAAUGUAUGACCCCUUCGCCACCUGGAGAUUUUCAAAGAAAAUACUCAAAACUUGUUUGGUAUCCCUCGAGUAACUAAACAUGAAACCAAGGGCUGCAAAAUAAAAGCAAUCUAGAACUGACAGACCCAGUUUUGUGUUUCUUAAGGUAAGUGAUGGAAGAUCAGCAUGAUCAGCUUCCCUCACCUCCUCCCUUGCUAGGUGGAGAACAGUACCAUUUGUUUGUGGAACUUAGUUUGUGACGAUUAGGAGUGCACAUUAUAUUUUAUUUGUGUUGCUUAGUGUCACAAAAAUUAAUGUUUGUGCUGGAGAUAUUUGUGCAUUACACAAUAAUACCACAUACACUGGGUUAUUGAAGUCUAAUUGUGUGAAUGUGACCAUUAGAUCUACAAAACCAAACCAGCACAUUCAUUUUCACAGCUCAAUUAAAAUGUAAUAACAUAGGGUGCAAUGCAUGCCUAUGGGAGUGAUUGAAUGUGUGCGCAGCACUUGCCACACAUGUGCAAUAGGCUCCAUUGCUCUUGGGAGCAUUGGAUUUCGCCUUUGCCGAUGAAGUUUUGGGGUAGGGGUCGGGGGGAGGAGGGAGUUGCCCAUUUAUCAUUGGGGAGAGCAUUAGGAGUACCAUUUUUUGUAUUCCUACUGCUAGAGCUAUAGUGUUCAUUUAAAAAUACCGAGUGCUAACUACACACAGCUGGUUUUUGGAUUUAUUUUAGCAAACCAUUGCAAAAGAACAAAAAAAAGGAAAGAAGACUUAAGGGUCAAGAUGAACUUGAUCCUAGAGUCAACAGAAUAGGACUGUGUGGGUAAUGACAGUCAUAAACCCCAAAUAGUUCCUCAGGGGACUAAAAGAGUAAAGGGCAACCAGCUGUUCCUCUAUAAAUCCCCCCAUUGCACAAGAACAGUUUAAGGGAUUCAAAUAAAAUAUUUUCCUGGAUUUGGUAGGACCUUUCCAAUUUCCAAUCUGACUAUUCUUGGUUAUAGCAUGAUGUCCCUGCAAACACAUUUUUAAAUAACUGCCAUCACAUCCUUGUUUUCUGGUAUUUAACAAUCCCUUUAAAUAGAAAGCUUGUGCAUGAUUCAACUGCCAUGUCUGUAAUCUUCAAUAAUUAACAUCUAUCUUUUUUUCCAUUAGUUUUUUGCCUUCCUCCUUGUUAUUUUUGCUGUUGAAAUUGCUGCAGGAAUAUGGGGAUUUGCAAAUAAAGACACGGUAAGCUUCCAACCUGUAUCAUCACUUGUAGUAUUUGUUGUAAAUGUUCUUUUUCUUUUGGGUAGUCAUUGCUACUUAACACUCUAAACACCAAAAACAACUUUAGCUCAAUAAAGCAGUUUUGGUGUAUAGAACAUGCCCCUGCAGUCGCACUAUUCAAUUCUGUCACUUAGGAGUUAAGUCACAUUUUUAUGCAGCCUAGUCACACCUCCCAUCGAUGGGAGAUACACAGUCUCCCUACAUAUUAAAUUUCCUUUUUUAUACACUCUGUUUAACUUAUAAUUGCUUUUCUCUUGCUCUAUUAAUAAACUACUAGAGCCUGCACGAGCCUUGUAUGUAUUGGGUAAUAAUGUUAGCAAUGUGCUUUUCUGUCAUGGAAAUACAACUGGUUACUCUUUAAUGAGCCAUUACAUUUUUAUUUUUAUCUUCUUUAAUAGUAACGAGUUCAAAAUGGGGAAAAUGGGUUAGUGAUUUGCAUGUUUAAAUGCGUGCCAUUCAAGAUGGAGAUUAAAUGGGAACUUAAAGACUUUGCAAGAAAGCCUGCUGAUUGCUCACAUGGCCAAACAUCAUGUUGUACUACCCAUAAGAGAGUCUUUGGAGUUUAUGGAACAGUUAUAAGUCCACUGUAUCGCUCUUUCUGUGUAAACUUAAAAAACAAUGGCUGUCAACUUUGUGAAUCUAAUAUAAUAGGAAAAAAAUGUGUUCCUCCUUGCCGUUCUUUUCAUUUUCUGAUCAUAGGCCAUUACAGUACAACAACAAGUAGCUUCUCCCUAUCCCUAGUUGGACAAAUAAAAAGAAAAGUUACAAAUACCCCUUCUUACCCUCAUUCUUGUUUCCAGCAAUAUCCCUGGAAGGGAUUUUUGUACUGCCUUGGCCUAUGACCAGGAAAAGAAAAUUACAAUAAGUAGGAAUACAUUAUCUCCUUUCCUUUCCUUAUCCAUGGCAGCACAACAAUGGGUAAUACCCAAGCAAAAACAGAGAGGGAAAGGAUACACACACUCAAAAUUACCAAAUGCAAAUGCAUUAACCCAAUCAUUAGAAAAAAAGGAACAUAUUUAAAAAUUGGACAGAGCGAGAACACUUUUUUUCCAAAGUUAUCAAACUGCCCCUCUCUAACAUCCAACUGCUAAUGUCUAAUGAAUGUGUUGACCGAGGACCAAGUAGCUACUCUGCAAAUCAGUUCUGGAGAAACUUUAGCUGCCGCAGUGCAGAAGGACAAAAUAGAAUGAGCCUUAAGUUCAUCAGGAAAAUGGACUCCUUAGGCCUGGUAAGCCUCUAUUGUGGCUGAAACAAUUAAUUUACUGAUGGCUUCUUUAGAAACUUGAAGACCUCUCCCGUGCCCAUUAGGGAUGAUAAAUAGUCUUUUGAGAAGAGCGCCAGCUUGAGGACCUAUCAAUAUUGAUCAUUGAACAUCUUGCCAAGUCAAGCACUGAAAGCUCCAUUUCCUGGUGUUAAUUUUGCAUAAUGCAAAGCACAAUUUCUUAGUUUAUAAAAAAAAAAUGUAGUAGCCACCUCAUGAGCCAUUCUGGGAAAUCUUGCUACAUCCAUGUCAAAGGCCCAUUUGUGGUUAAUAAGGGCGAAGAGAGCUGAAACAUGCACCUUCAAAGUAUUAUAACACAACUCCUUAAGUCUAGAUUGUAGGAAUUCCAGAGAAUCCUUGGUAGAGGUAUUUUGUAUCUCUACUUGCUUCGGUAUAGCCCUGGGAGAAGAAACCUACUGUAAUAUGUAGUUAAAGUGGAAUGCUUCCUGGCCUCCUAAAGGCUAUCCACUACUCCAGAGGAGAAACCUUUUAAUUUUUUUAGCCUUUCCCUUUUAACCUCCAUGCCUUCAGGCUGAGGGAAUAUGGGUUUAGAUGACGCACAGAACCUUGAUUGGAGGAGGGAUGGAAUUCUUGGGGAAAUCCCAUGAAUGUUACUUGCAGAGGCUCAGAAGAAGCAUGGUCUGUGAGGCCAAUACAAAGCUGACAGGAUGAUAGUGGCUCUUGCAAUAACCUAUUCAGAAGAGAGGAAAGGGUGGAAAUCUGGCAUAUGCCAGGUUGAAUUGUCAUUUGCAUGUGCGUCUCUUCCUAGAGCCUCAAGAAGAAUCUGUUGACUUAGCUGUUUCUGCAAGUUGGCAAUAGAUCCAUGUGAGGAAUGUCCCUCUCUCCACUAUAAUCUGGAAGACUUUUCCCAAUCUCCACCCAGAUAAGAAAGUCUACCAGUGUUUUGUAAUCCUGGAAAAUGAAUAGCUGCCAAACCCAAAAGGUGAUGUUGAACCCAAAACAUAAGAGGUAUGCUCAGACUCAUCAUUCUGCAACUUAGAGUUCCCCUUUGAUGAUUGAUAUAUGCCGCCACAUUGGCAAUGUCUUUUCUAAUUUGUCACUGAUUUGUGUACAAGCCGAUGUUGAAAAUUCUUUAUAGCUCCGAAGACCGCAAGUAAUUCCAGAAGAUUGGAGGGGAUAUCUCUUGCAGUAAAUGUCCAUUUCCAAAGUAUAAAGUUUUUCUGAAGAUAUGCUCCCCAAUCCCAGUGGCUGGCAUCUGUAGUGUCCACAAUCCAAGGGAUAUUUCUUUUAAAACAUUGCUUUUAAAACUUAUCUCUUUGACUGUUUGGUGUUCUGCAUUCUUCAGUUAGAUUUAUAUUACUUUCACCAUCUUUUGUGACCUGAUCAGUGUUUCAAACAUACAUGAAUGUAAAACUACAUGCAGGAGGCUAGAUUGUCUCUCUCUUGCUCUUUCUGUUGUGUGUAUGAUCUCACUCUGGUAUACUUCCUCUAUUUAGUACCAAUUUCCAUGUGGUAUGCAGUGUAUAAAACACAUUAAAUUACUCCAUUAUAGAUCCUGAAUAAUGUAGUAGUUUUUCAGUAUCUUGGAGGGGAGGGUGGAGCGGGGGAUUUUUAGUCCUGGAACUGAUGUUAAGAGUUUUGAUAAGGGUCGUAUGUUGUGGUUUUUCACUUUUUCAUGUUUAUAUUUUUUUUAAAUUCUGUUUCCUUAUAGAUUGUUGAAGAACUAAAAUCAUUUUAUACGGACACUUUACAACAAUAUCAAAAUACUCAAGAGAAUUCCAAAAAGGAAGCUCUGAAAGGAACUCUGAUUGGAAUCCACAAGGCUGUGAGUUGAAUUUCUGUUUUUCAAAGGUUUGAGUGUAUUUGAAUUUUAUGCAAUGUGCCUAAUGUUGAAUAUCUGACAUUUAAUGGUGCACUCCUGCUUUUUCUCUGGAUCUUCUCUGUUGCAAGAGGUGGGACACAAAAUGGCACCUGAUACAGUGAUCUAGAACUGUCUAUAGGUAUGCAAAGAAGCUAUAGAUCUAGCCAACUUCUUCUGAAUGUUAUUUGAGUGGAUACCAUGUUUUAACAAUAUAAACAACAAAUAUAGCAAUGGAUAGAACAAUAGAUUAGUACAUUUUUCUGUAGGUCUAGUGUAACUGCAAAAGUCAAGAUUUUGAAGACUUAGCCAAGCAUCUGGUAUUUAGUGUAGCAGCAAAAAUUAUUACAACUCUUGUUACACAAAGAGAAGUGAACAAAUGGUGAGCUUGGAUAUGGAGUGAUGGAUUUAGAUUUGUACUUUUACAUUAAAGCUUGUGCAUGUGGUAUGUAUCUAUUUGUGUAUUGGAUUCUUAUUUGCCUCCUCAUUAAGCUUUGCUUUUUUUUGUACAAGCAUGUUGGACAAACAGCUUUUCUGUAUAUGCUAUCGAGAGCCUUGCAACCAGUUACAUGUCAUUAUUUAGCGUCACUUUAUUUUGACAUUUCCAGUAAAAGUUUAACAAAUUUAAAGUCAUGUUGUCAAGAACAACAAAUUGCUAAGGACUUUUUUGUUUUGUUUAAAUUAUUUUUUAUUUCUUUCUCCUUCCUUAGUUUGAAUGCUGUGGAGACAAAGGAACGUUGAAUCCUACUACGUUGAGUGAAAUAUGCCCUAGUGAGAACGGAAUCCUUUCUGCUUAUACAACUCAGGUACAAAGAAAUAUAUUCAGUUUAAAGUGUAUCUGUCGUGGAACGCACAGCUUGGUCUUACAUUAAAACACAUUAAAUUACAUGUAGACAUGCUAUCUGAUGUAGACAAAUUUUCUUAAUGCCCUUUAAUGUGUUGGCCUCUCCCUAUUUGUCAGUGAAUUCCUCAGAAUUAAACCCAGUGGCACAAUUAAGAUUUCUUAUUUUUUUAUUUAUUGGUUUAAAUGUGCUAUUGUUUAGAACUGUGCUGGUGAAAGUGAUUUAAAAAAAAAAGAAAAAAAAGAAAAGAAAAUAGCAGGAUUUAAUAGAUUUCUAGGCCGACUCUUCCACUUUUAGAUGUUUGCACUAACUUUCUUUUAUAAGAAACACCAAUUGUGCGCUGAAAGAUCCUAAACAAGUGUGCACACGCAGCAUAAUUAACAGUAAAUGUUUUGUUUAAUCAGUAUUGUCCAUAAAACAAAUCUUGUUUCACCUCUUUCUUUCAGAACUGCCCUGCAGCAAUUGAGAAGGUUUUUAAUACCAAAUUACAUAUCAUUGGAGCCGUAGGAAUUGGAAUAGCUGUAAUCAUGGUUAGUGGCUUUUUUUUUUUGUUUUGUUUUUUUUUAACCUGAAAAUAUAAUAUUUAAAGUAAUGAGGUCCAUCAGGGUUAUUCAAGUGAGAAUAGUCAACAUUAAAGGGACCCUAUAGUCACCCAGACCACUUCAGCUCACUGAAGUGGUCUGGGUGCAAUGUCCCUCAGGUUUUAACCCUUCAGAUGUAAACAUAGCAGUUUCAGAGAAACUGCUAUGUUUACAUUUGGGGUUAAGCCAGCCUCUAGUGGCUGUCUUCCGGACAGCCACAAGAGGCGCAUCUGCCACACUGGAGGCACGCUGGAAUAAGGUAAUUCCUGACAAUUCUGACUUUAGGGAAUAACCCUGUGUAUAUUCUUGAACAGAACAGUCCAUGUAGCUGUGUAGGUAUGUUUCUUAUCUGAUUACCCAUGCUGGUAUCUGUGACAGGAGGCAGUGAUAUUAACAUGACUGAUGUCACUGAUACCAGCACAGACUCCAGCAAUGAGUGAAAGUAACGAGAUUUGAAGUAACAGAGAAAGGGAAAAAUGGAAGAGUGAUGCGUGAAAGAUGGGUAGGGAGAUAGAAAGGGGUUGUAGGAAAUGGUAUGGUGUAUGAUUAAGGAACAGAAAGAGAAUUGAAAUGGGAGGGAAAGCUGAACUGGGUAAUUCAGAGAGUACAUAUACUACAAUCAGUAUUGCAGUUAGAUACUUAAUGAAAAAGACUGAAGAAGAGUAUGAGGGAUAAGCGAAAUAGAACAAGUGGAUGGCUUAGAGGAUUAAAUUAAGAGAAGAUGGUAUUAGGAAGGAGAGUAAGGACACUAAAUAUGAGAGAGCUGAUUUUAAAGGAAAAGGGACCAUACUAAGCAGGGGAAGGGUGAUGACUAUAAUGUAAAGCUGGAAUGAGCUGAGUUGGGAAUGUUAAAGGAAAUUGGUGAUUAAAAGAGAAUGUGAGAAUAUCCAUGGGAGGAAGAGCUGAAAUAAGGGAAGGGAGGUGGAUAUAUGAGAGAGUGAUUGAAAUAAAUAUAAAGGGAUUUAACACUUAUGAAGUUAGACAGCACUCUUGUAGAAUAUUGGUUUAUAACUUGAAAUGUUUGUGAAUGUUAUUUCUCAUUGCAUGCAGCAGUAUUGUUCCAUGAAAUAGUUUAAAUUAAUUUCACUAAAUUGAGCAGUUAUUCACAGUUGAACAUUCACAGACCGUUCAGAGAUUUUCAGUCCCUUCAACUUUAAAGUGGAAUCUGAAAGAUAAAAUGUAGAAAUCCUCAAUACUUCAGUUACCUCUAGUUUGGAAAGGAGGGCCUUCAUUUGGGCUCUGCCUUUUACUGUUGAUAUAAAUCAGCCUCUGUGCCAACCCAUCAGCAGAGAGAUAUCCAUACAGUUUGCUUCCAAUAUCCACAUGGAGGUGAAGGUGGAGAAGGUGAAACAGAGACAAUGUGUUCUGUUUCUUCUCCAAUGUAAACUUUGAACUGACCGUGCCAGGACUGAGUAGGAUUGUGAAGUCAGUUGCUUAAUCUUUAAAGCUACAUUUAAAAAAAAAAAAAAAUGAUCAUCCCAUAAAAGGUAAAUGCAAGUUAUGUGACUGGGUUAACAGAUAAAAGAUAGUCUCCUAAUAAGUGUGAUGCUGGGUUUACAGCUGUUACAUUCAUGAUCUAUCUAAGUAGUUGAGAAGUACUUCAGUAGAAAUACAGUAUAUAGGCACACCAUUUUCAAUCAUACUUAAAGUGGAAUGGAAACUUAAGCUUAGUAUUGUGAGCACCCAGAGAAACCGCAUUUACAGUAUUUAUUUUGUCCGUAUUUGGACAGAAGUCAUUGGCUGAGCACGUUCGCUGGAAUAAUUCCCAUCUAAAAUAGUUCUCCAUCAAGGGAGGAGCUAAAAUUUUACAUUACUGAUCCUUUUUAGUUCAAACUGAAACUGUUUGAAAUUUCAUCAUGAGUCCAAUUUCAAAAGUUGACGUUUCUUGAAAGGAGUUGGACUCUCUCUGAUCCCUGCUAACUUAUAAAUGUACAAAUAUCCACGUUAAAGAGACUUUUUUUUUUUUUUUUAAUGAAUUUAUGUCUCUUUUCUUUUCCAGAUAUUUGGCAUGAUCUUCAGCAUGGUUCUCUGUUGUGCAAUCCGAAAUAACAGGGAAAUGGUAUAAUGGAGAUUUGUAUAGAAACAUUAAUAUGGGGGAAUGACUUCAUAAUGUUCCAAACCUCAUUUUCUAAGAAGUUGUGCUAUAUUUUUGUUUUUCUUUUAAUGCAAUGUUUGCUUUCCUUUUUUAUGUUUUUGCUACUAUAAGUCUAAAUUGUAAACCAAUGAUACAAGGUACAUGAUUUGUUGAUGGGUUAAAUACACACAAAUAUAUAUAUAUUGUAUAACUACAAAAGACUGUAUUCAGUGUACCCAAUUUAGAUUAAUCGGUUUGCUCUUUAAAAUCCUAAUCAAAAUAUAACUUAUGUUGACUAUAAUUUGGUACUUAAUAAAACAAAAAAUGUAUAAAAUGUGUAA